UUCAAAACUGACAUUUUUAUAAGAUUAAAAAAGGGAGGGCAUUAUCGUGAUUAUCCACCAAACCAGAAGCAAAAAUCUGAAAACGUAGGCUUGAAGUGAGAGUAAACACAGAGAGGUAUAGUUACAGUUGUCCCGUUACUUAAGAAACCCCAAAUGUAAUCAAAACCUCCUUCUCUAAAUCUCCAUUUCACCCCUCAAAUCGCUUGUUAAUCACACUCAUUGCCCCUCAACAACACUCGUCUCUCUCUGAUCCGUUCUCGUCUUUCCUCACCAUUCAGCUAACUAGCUAGUCACCGAGCUCAGCUUUGUUUAAGUUAGGUGAACCGAAACGGCAUGUCGUUUUAGAUCUCAUUGUUUUGAUCUGUAUGUAUUCAACAAUGAAUCGAAGCUUUAGGUCUCAAGAAAUGCAAAUGCAGGCCGCGGCUUUGAAGCAGAGACAGCAAUUACGAGCUUCAAUGAUGAGGGAGAAAGAAGAGGAGCUCUCAUUGUUUCUCGAGAUGCGAAAGCGUGAGAAGGAGCAAAGUAAUCUGUUUCUUAAUAACUCUGAAGAAGAGUUCGAAGCACCAUUAGGGUCGAAACCAGGGACUUCUCCGAUAUUUAACAUUUCUUCUUCGAACACGCCGGCGAGAAAGACUGGUGCUGAUGAUUUUCUUAAUUCUGAUAAUGAUAAAAAUGACUAUGACUGGCUUCUGACUCCUCCUGGGACUCCUCUUUUUCCUUCUUUGGAGAUGGAAUCACAAAAGACUGUUAUGAGCCAACUUGGUACUUCAAAGGCCCGCCCUACUGGCCUGAAAUCCAGACUUGCAAACCCACAGCCAGAAUCUGCCGCAAGGAGUAGCUUAGUAUCUAGACAGCCAGCUUCCUCGCCAGGAUUGAGUACAUCAAGCACUGGUGUUCGUAGGCCCUCAUCAUCUGGGGGUCCAGGAUCAAGACCUGGAACCCCAACUGGACGCCCUUCAUUGAUCUCAGCAUCUAAACCUUCAAGAUCUUCAACACCUACAUCUAGGCCCACCUUAUCUUCAAUUAAGCCUGCACUUUCUGCUUCUAAGCCGACAAUUUCUGCUACUAAGCCUGCAAUUUCUGCCUCUAAGCUCACAAGUUCCGCUACUAGGCCCACAAGUUCCACUACUAGGCCGACAAGUUCUGGUACUAAGCCCACAGUUUCUGCUACUAAGUCCACAGUUUCUGCAACUAAGACCACAGUUUCUGCAACUAGGUCUACAGUUCCUGCAAGAUCCUCCACGCCUACAAGGUCCACAGCCCGAUCUUCAACACCUACUUCUAGACCCUCUAUACCUUCUUCAAAGCCUACAUCAAGGGCAGCAACUCCAACUCGUCGACCAUCCACACCAUCGAGUUCACCUAGUAUAUCUGCUCCUCCAGUUAAGUCCUCUCCUUCGGUUACCAAACCUGCUCCCACAACAUCAAGAAAUCCGGUGCCAUCUCGUGGCAGUUCUCCUACAGUAAAAUCCAGACCAUGGAAUCCCUCAAAGAUGCCUGGUUUCUCGCUUGAUGCUCCACCAAAUUUGAGGACUUCAGUACCUGAAAGGCCACUUUCAGCCACUAGGGGUAGGCCUGGUGCACCCAGCCCCCGAUCCUCUUCAGUUGAGCCUGUAUCUAAUGGAAGACCAAGGCGGCAAUCAUGCUCUCCAUCUAGAGGACGAGCCCUCAAUGGCACUUUGCACUCAAGUGGGAGCUCUGUUCCUGCAGUCAAUCGAGCAUAUGCUAAAGCUAAUGACAAUGUAAGCCCUGUUGUAAUUGGGAACAAAAUGGUUGAGAGGGUGAUCAAUAUGCGGAAACUGGCACCUCCCAAGCAAGAUGACAAAAACUCUCCUCAUGGCAACCUGACUGGGAAGUCUUCAUCUCCAGACAGCUUGGGCUUUGGAAGAACACUGUCAAAGAAAUCAUUGGAUAUGGCUAUAAGGCAUAUGGAUAUAAGGAGAAGCAUCCCUGGUAAUUUAAGGCCAUUAAUGACAAAUAUUCCAGCAUCCUCUAUGUACAGUGUGAGAUCAGGGUCUGCGCGAAGCAGAACAAUUAGUGUUUCAGACUCCCCUCUGGCCACAAGCAGUAAUGCUAGUUCAGAAUUGAGUGUUAACAAUAACGGCCUUUGUAUAGAUGGGAUUGAAAUAGAAGAUGAUAUUGGCAGUGAGAGAGGUGUUCCAUCUCCUGCCAGUGUACGUGGGAGGUAAUGCUCAAGGCCAACAACCCUAAUAUAAAAACGGCUUUUUAAUCCGUCUUACAUCAUUAUUUCAAAUCUACAAGCUUGACAGUUUGAAGGAGAAUUGAUUUGUGGAACUCGCAGGGUUCAGGAUCUACAAUUAAUGUAAAGUUUUCUUAGUUUGGUCAGAGGUUAAGUUUCUGUAAUUCAUUGUCUGUGUAUUAUUAGGAAAACCAAAUGUAUGCUGAACAAUCAUUCGUGUUCAUUUUCAAAUUUCAACACGGUGAGAUACUGUGAACAGAUCCAUUGAAUUGGAUCAUCCUUGUUAUCCAAAGCUAUAGUACCUUGUUCCCUUCCCCAUACUUUUACCA